GCUGCUGCUACGGCUUGUAUCAAGCUUUUGGUGUUGCGUACGUCAGGACGACGAUCGUAGAGAAGAGGACCGUCGGUGCGAGCCCGUGCUUUCGAGACCGUCCGACAGUGGACAGUUGGGACAUCAGAAGCAGUCGAGCGGCGGCGCCGUGUGUGUUUCCUGCCGCGCAGUGUUGCGUUCGCGAGUGCGGUGUUACCCGGCCCCGGGCCCUUUUGCCCAGCAAACACGCAGGUUCUGCCCAGCCCGGUUCGCAGCGACAGGGUUGCACACCCCAGUUCAGUGAGUUUCCCACCCACCCAGUGGCGUCCCAGCCCCCCAUUCGGACAAGGACCGUCCGUCAACAUCUGCCCGACCUGAGCAGCGAGCAUCGGCCAGCUCAAAAACAUGAACACAGGCGCUCCUCGCAUUUGCGAUGCCAGUGUCGAUUGUUGCUAACGGGCCUGCCAGCGACUCGGUGAAUGGUGAUUGGAUCUCUGACAAGGUGCAUGUGAAUGGAAGUUUUAAUGGAAUUGGAGACGAUAGAUUGUCCACGUCAUCCGCAGAAACAGCAGCACAAAUAAUCACAAACAUGUCCAGUAGCCAACUAGUCGACUCUUGUCUGCUGGUGAACCGGCGAGUCGAAGAGCGACAGGAGCACAGCAGCGUCACUCGCACCGAAAUCACACAAAGGAGAGUUUUGCAAGAAAAAGGGUCGGAUAUGCCUCAGUAUGCUGGUCAGCCAGAAAUGCAGCAGUCGAGUUCUUACUCAGUAGACGUGGCCUUCCACUCGGGCACUAACGGCCACCCGGAUGGCCACUCCCCAAACUCGUCGCACCUCUCAGUGCACAGUGGGGAGGCCACCCUUGUCUCCAGGACGCAGAAACAACAGACCACUCAACAGGUGACAACGGUGACCAAAGUGGUGCGUGAGGUGCACCAUGUUGGGUCUGACGGACAGCCGGUUGAGUACGUCUCCUACCCCCCAGGAGCUGGUGCCGCCCCUGGAGCUUACCCUGCCGCGGCGUUUGGCAACUACGAGCACUUGCCUGGGCAGGACAACUACGCAGCGUCUGAUGCAGGAGGUGGCCUAAGGUUCCCAGAUGCGUAUGGCAGCUAUCAGAAUUAUGACCAUUACCCACCGCCCACGCGGCCCGACUACCCCUACACGAGUGCGGCGGCCGCCUACGGGACUGUGCCGGCCGCCUACCCGACCUACGGGGAAGGAGUGCCCGCCGCGUAUGGCGAGCGGCCACCAACGCCACCCAGCCCCAGCGAAAGGAGUGAAUCGCCUCCCCAACAACAAGCCCUUGCUCACGAUUACUUGAGGAAAGGAGCUCCUUACCCUCCUUCUGGUUAUGAUGAGCUGGACACCACCUUGCUGCCCCCAAGGGGCCAGGAACACUACAGGAUCACUCCAUCCCCGGGAGGAGCCGCUGGACAAUAUGGUCACUUGACGCAUCCUUGGAAUAUAGACGACGGCGGGGAUCCCUCGCAAAUCCCUCAUGGCCUGGAGAUCAUGACAGGCUCAGGACUAGAGGACGAUAGCAAGAUAGUUUAUGAUUAUGCACCCUCGUUUGGCCACGCUCCGUAUGGGGGCAGCAACGGAGGCGGCAACGACGACGUGCCUCACUUUGAAGACGAUGGCGAGCCCCCCGACCACCCAUACCCCAUGCAGAAUUUCAAUAGCUUAUCCCUUGACGACAAAGGAAUGAGAUGGCGGGACCCCAAUCUGACAGAGGUUAUCGGAUUCCUGAACAACCCGAACAACAUCAUCAAGGCCAAUGCAGCUGCCUACCUGCAGCACCUGUGCUACAUGGACGACCCCAACAAACAGAAGACAAGGGCACUCGGAGGCAUUCCUCCACUUGUCAAGCUGCUUGCCAACGAAAGUCCAGAUGUUUACAGAAAUGCUUGUGGAGCUUUAAGAAACUUGUCCUACGGGCGUCAAAAUGAUGAGAACAAGCGCGCAAUCAAAAACGCUGGGGGCAUACCACACCUUAUCAACUUGAUGAGGAAAGCUCCCGACAUCGACUGCAAGGAGCUGGUGACCGGUGUUUUAUGGAACUUGUCCUCGUGCGAAGAUCUUAAGAAAAACAUUAUUGACGACGGCCUAAUUGUGGUCGUCACCCACGUCAUCAUUCCUCACUCUGGCUGGGAUCCUACCUCGCCUGGAGAUACCUGCUGGUCGAACGUCUUUAGAAACGCCUCUGGAGUACUGAGAAACGUGAGUUCUGCCGGGGAGUACGCGAGGAAGAAGCUGCGUGAGUGCGACGGCCUGGUUGACUCGCUGCUCUACGUGGUCAAGUCCGCCAUUGACAAGUCCAACAUCGGCAACAAAAGUGUGGAGAACUGUGUGUGCAUCUUGAGGAACUUGUCCUACAGGUGUCAGGAGGUGGAGGACCCGAACUACGACAAGCAUCCGCUCCCUACGCAGAGCAGGGCUGGCGUCCAGCCCAAAGCAUACAGUUUGUGUCAAGGUGAUAAUCUGGGCUGCUUUGGCGCCAACAAGAAAAAGAAGGAGGCUCAGCCGACCCAGCAAAAGGAAGCAGCAGCCACAACUAGUCGAACUCAACGGACUGAACCUGUCAAGGGAAUGGAGCUUCUUUGGCAACCAGAGGUGGUGCAACUCUACUUGUCGCUGCUGCAAAGCUGCUCCAACCCUGAGACUCUGGAGGCGGCGGCCGGCGCAGUGCAGAACCUUGCCGCUUGUUACUGGCAGCCAAGCAUCGAAAUUAGGGCAGCCGUUCGCAAGGAGAAGGGCCUUCCCAUUCUGGUGGAGCUGCUGAGGAUGGAGGUGGACAGGGUGGUUUGCGCCGUCGCCACCGCCCUCCGCAACUUGGCCAUCGACCAGAGGAACAAGGAGCUAAUCGGUAAAUACGCAAUGAGGGACCUUGUACAGAAACUGCCGUCUGGCAACGCUCAACAUGACCAAGGAACCUCAGAUGACACGAUAGCAGCUGUUCUUGCCACCCUCAAUGAAGUGAUCAAGAAGAAUGCUGAAUUCUCAAGGUCUUUGCUGGAGGCUGGUGGAGUGGAGCGGCUGAUGAACAUCACAAAGCAGCGACAAAAGUACACGCCUCGUGUGCUUAAGUUUGGCAGCCAGGUGCUUUUCACCAUGUGGCAGCACCAGGAGUUGCGCGAGGUGUACAAGAAGCACGGCUGCAAGGAGCAGGACUUUGUGACCAAGACGGUGGCGGCGCGCAACGCGGCCGGCGGUCCCAACUCGCCCAACAAUGCCAACAACACGCUGAACCGGCCGAUGGCCAGCCAGGGCGGCACCCGCUACGAGGACCGCACCAUGCAGCGGCCGACUGCCAACAGCCGUAGUCCCGGCCCCUCCGGCAACUACCAGCGGGGUGAUGAGAUCCCCAUGGCUGACAUGUCCUACCCUGAGGGCGGAACUCACGCUCCUCCACCUGGAGGGGUCCGCAUCUAUCCCCCUCCUCCCGCCAAACCUGGCGAGCCACUUUACGCGCAAGUGAACCGGGAGAAGAAGAAGAACCGGCAAUAUGAGCAGCAGGCGUACCCGGACGAGCAGUUGGCACCUGGCCCUGGUGACAUGUGGGGCUACGAGGAGCAGCAGCAGCCGCCCAAGCACACGGGCAACGGCGCCCCCGCCGCCGCCGCCAUGGACCCCGAGGGCGCCGGCGGCGACUCGUGGGUGUGAACGAAUUUUCUGUCGGACUGCGAGACGAAAAUAUACAUACUUAAAAAUUGAUUUGUUGCCAAGUGAUUCCUCGUUUAAUUUUGCGUAAACAGAGUCGGUCUAAUAAGCCCCGGGCGAUCGCAGGAGGAAAGUGAUUUUUCGAUCCGCAUGGAGCCUGCGCAAUUUCUAUCUGACAUUCUCACCAGCUGAUAGUGUUUAGCCUGAGAUGGAGAGUUUGUGCCGAUGUUUGCUCCUGAUUACAGGCAACGUAAUUUCAAAUUAAAAAAAUUCCUGAUUAAUUUUAGGGCUUUUUCUGACCUUGAACAAUUCCUAAGUCACGAUCAUCUGAUGCUAAGAAAAUUAAAUUGCGCACUCUCCAUGUAAGAUACGCGCCUGGGUGGUUGUGUUGAAUUCGAAAGAGAGGCGGGCAUUUGACCUUGUGUAAAUAGACUGCAUUAAUAUUAUAUUACGGAAAAUAUUCAGUAACAGAACAAACGCAGCUUUGGAACUUGUAGGUUGGAAGUCCUAUUGAUGCUCAGCCACACAUUCACACACACACAAAAACACAGAGAACAAAAACUAACUGCCAACUUGAAAGUGUAGGAAAAUCGAUUUCUGGGAUUCAAACCAUUCAUCUACGACGAGCAUUUUUUGAAAGUAACUCAGGAUUUUUUAAAAUGCGCGUAGAAGCAGCCGUUUUAUCAGCUUGAUUGAUUGUAACACUUCUCACUCGUGUUGUCGACGAAUAUAUUAGACUCAAACGAAAAGAACAAAAUGCUUAUAUUGUAUGUUGGUGUUAAUUAAAACUGAAAGAGAGGACGAAUGUGAGGAUUUGGCUUGUAACCUGAGCUAAGAGAAUCAUUCCACUGACUAUUGAUCAAACUACUCGCGGAUCGUGUUGCAGCUUGAAUUUAACAGUUAUCUGAACAACUAGGCGUGUUUAUAUGUUGACAUUUUGUGGCCAGCAUGUUUUUUACACACACACACAAUUCAAUAUACUUUUAUGAUUACGAUAAUAAUUUUUUGGCAAAUCUCAUUAUUUUUAAACGCUAUUCCUUGUUCUUUUCAGAUAAAUUCUAUUUAUCUGUUUCAAAUAUAUGAUGUAUAAUAUAUAUUUUAUUUUGGAGAUGAAGUUUCUUAAUGGACUUUUAUUUAUUGUGGGAUGAAUGUGAUAUUUCAGUUUUUUUCUGUCACGUAAACUCACCAAUUGGUAAAAUGCGUGUAUCCCCAAUGCAUUAAAUCACACAAAGCAGCUCAUUAUUUGUAAAAUACAUACUUAUCGGACCCGCCCGCGUCACUGGAAAGAUUAAAAAGAAGAAGCACACACACUCGAAUUCUCUACAUUAGAAUUUUAUAUUGACGUCGAAAAAAAUGAGGAAUUUUCUAAUUCUCAGUGCUUAUAAUUACGCAUACUUGACUUUCUAAAGAGACGUUAUAAAAAUAUACCAUGAAAAUAUUUAAUGAUUAUAUAAAUAUAUUAUAUUGAGACUCAACCAACAGAUUUAUUUCAAGAUCAAUGAUUAUUCAGAUAAUUGUCAUUUCAUCAUGUAAUUUGUAAAAUAAAGAAAAAACAAUUUUAGCACAA